AGGGGUUAGGAGUUGGAGGUACUCAAUUUGGCAUGAUGAAUUAUUUCCAUGGAUAGCACUCGUGAUAAGUGAUAAGAUGUAUAAGCAUAUACAAAUUAAAUAAUUAAACAGCAGAUAAAGAAAGAGCUGUUUACAACACUCUAUAGUAAAACAAAACAUAAUUCUAGCGAAAAAUACAAAAGCAAUUUGGGCAAUGAGUCGACAAGUCAAGGUUAGAGCUACGAGACCAUAUCUUAUCUUUGGAUGGAAAUUAAAGUCCCUACUUAGUGGAAGUCAAAAACCUGUACCUACAUGAUGCAGGAUGAACUGAUGAUUCAAUCCGAUACCACGAUGAAAUUAUAUUUCAGAUUACAUUGCUCAUAACUAGAAUUAAACUCAAAAUACAUUAACGUUGACUCCUAAGGAUUAUUCUCUCAUUCCAGAUUCAUCUUUAAAUCCCAGAAAGAAAAAAGAAAUCCCACACAAGAACAGGGAAACAAUCAAAACUAUGACUCUGCCAAUUUCCAUUAAACCAUACACCACUAUUAUCCACAUCACCACCUAGACUAAGACUUCUACAUAAAAUCUAAAUUCUUCACUUUUUCUCAUCCCCUCAAAAACACAGUCCAAACUCUGUAUAACUCCCACCACUCUCCUCUAUUUGAAUGUUGUCUUCACUGUAUUAAAUUUAUUUAAUGGACUCGUUCCAUCUCGACCAACCCCUUUUCAAUAUUCUUCUCCCGUUUUUGUUUAUAAUAAAAGGUAUAAACUGAUUUUCCUCUUUGAGUUGUACUUUUUAACUGUCAUUCCUACCUUUUCUUUCCGAGAUAAAGAUCACUUUACUGUAUAAUAUUAAUUUUACUAGAAGAAAUAAACUCAGAACUACAAGGUAUACUAUGGUCCCCAAUUCCUAGUAAACAUCGAAGUAUUAGUUCAAAAAACACGUGUAAUUUUUUAAAAAUAGAAAAGACUUUUACAGACUCAAUGUAAUAAUGUAAUGUAGCAUAUAGCUAUCUUGGUAAUUGUUUUUAAGUAUCCUAAAUCCUAAUUCUAUUAAAUAACAUUUACCGUAAUUAGAAUUGAACUCGAAGAGCAAAACAAGACUUCUACAUAAAAUCUAAGUCCUUCACUUUUUCCCCAUCUUCUCAAACUCUAUACACAGCCCAAAUCUCUCUGUUAACUCUCACCACCCUCCUCUUUUUCCCACCACCACCUCCUCCGCCGUCAACCGCCACCAUGACGGGCAAAGGUGGCGCCACCCUCUCCGGCGGAGUAAUGAAGAAGAUAAUUGUUUCCUACACCUACUUAGGAAUCUGGAUCCUCCUCUCUUCCUCUGUAAUUGUAUACAACAAAUACAUUCUUGACAAAAAACUCUACAACUGGCCUUUCCCUAUUUCCCUUACAAUGAUUCACAUGGCCUUUUGUUCAUCACUAGCUUUCUUCCUCGUACGUAUCCUUAACUUUGUCGAACCUGUAACCUUGUCCCGCCACGUGUACUUUACAUGCGUACUCCCCAUUGGUGCACUUUACUCUCUGUCCCUCUGGCUCUCAAAUUCUGCUUAUAUUUACCUCUCUGUUUCGUUCAUCCAAAUGCUCAAAGCCCUUAUGCCAGUUGCUGUUUACACGAUUGGAAUCUUAUUUAAAAAAGAUACUUUCAAGAAUUCAACUAUGUGUAACAUGCUGGCUAUUUCAGUUGGUAUUGCUAUUGCUGCUUAUGGUGAAGCAAAAUAUGAUUCUUGGGGUGUUUUGCUUCAGUUGCUAGCUGUUUUGGUUGAAGCAACUAGGUUGGUUAUGGUCCAAAUCUUGUUGAAUUCAAAGGGAAUUAGUUUUAACCCUAUAGCUACUUUAUACUAUGUUGCUCCUAGUUGUUUGGUUUUCUUGUCAAUUCCUUGGAUAUUUGUGGAGCUUCCAAUUUUGAGAGCAAGUAACUCUUUCAAAUUUGAUUUUGUGAUAUUUGGUAGUAAUUCAUUGUGUGCAUUUGCAUUGAACUUGGCUGUAUUCUUGGUAGUGGGAAAGACUUCAGCUUUGACAAUGAAUAUUGGUGGAGUGGUUAAAGAUUGGCUGCUAAUUGCAUUUUCUUGGUCAGUGAUUAAGGAUACUGUAACUCCAGUGAACUUGAUUGGGUAUGGAUUAGCAUUCUUGGGAGUUGCUUAUUAUAAUCAUCAGAAAUUGCAAGCAUUGAAAGCAAAUGAAGUAGAGAAGAAGUCUCAGCAAGAAGAUGAGGAAAGUGGGAUAUUGUUAACAGAGAGAGAACAGAGUGGAUCAGGAAAAAAGGGUGAUUCACAGGACUGAUUUGAAGGUUUUGUUUGAAGAAUUUGGUUUUAUUGACAAAAGGGUAUGAAGUUAUUAACUUAGUUUUGCAUAGCAUGAAAUAGUAUUUUUUUUUUUUUGGGGGGGGGGAUGGCUUUUGCUCUUGGAUGGAUGGAUCUUGGUUUUUAGGUAUGUUGGCUGGAUGAUCUGUUACUGUUUUUUGAUAAAUUAACUUUUCUUUUUUCAUAUA